CGUACCUACGUAUAGACAAGUUGUUCAUAGCUGCGUGUCGUUCCCUACACCCGGCCGUGUACAUGUUGUGCUACAUGUCUGUUUACACCACAGCGGGACUCCAGGUGACAUACAACUAGUAAAACUAGUCACGUGACCGUAUGAGUGCAUACUGAUUACGUCUGCACCUUUAUGUACCCCGGAACACAUGGUUUACCUGUUGAAUACUUUUGGAAAUCGACAGAUUGUCCAGCCCGACACGAUUUAUGACACGAUACAGGAACACAGUCACGUUGGCUUUGUCGUACUAACUGACGUCGUCACGCCUCGAUGACCAGGCAUAAUGUGUAGUAAUUUGCUGAACACGUGAAAAUCCUUAGUUCAACACCUUCGCACACACAAUGAUUAUCACCAGACAUCGGACCAAUUAAGAUGAGACAUGUACACAAGAAAAGCCUCCUUUCCUGUUCCGGCUGCUUCCUCGUCACUUUUACUGUCUGGAUCUUCAUAAUCAAAGUAAUAUGGAAGCUACCUACCGCCAACGAAUCAUUAAAAAUCACACAGCAAUCUAUUGAAAAAGAAAAGUUUGUGGAAAAAAUGUUACUAAAAAAAGACAUCAGUGUAGGGUUGAACGCUCUCCGGAAAGUGUCAAGAGAUUUUUCUGGUGACAGGAAAACUCAGCGGACUGGAAUAAUACUCUGGUACCAACCGCCAAAUUUCCAGCAUAUUAUCGAUUCAGAAAAGAGCAUGGAUUUCUCAAAGUGUGGAUUUCCUAACACGUGUACUCACACCACAAACAGUUCGUUCAUCAGUAGCAGUGAUGCCGUUAUAUUCCAUGGAUCUGUACUCCCAUCGGUUUUACCGAAGCGCCGGGAAGAUCAGUUUUGGAUCUUUUAUACGCUAGAAAGUCCCCCGAGUGUCUAUCCCGUACGGAAUGAAUGGAGGAAGCAAUUUGAUUGGAUGAUGAACUAUAGGAGAGAUUCACAAAUAUUUCUACCCUACGGUAAAAUUUUUAAAGAACCUAAAGGAAAUUCUGAGUUAGUGGAUACCAUGAAGAAAAAAGAUAAAGACCACCCUGUCGCCUGGCUUGUGAGUAAUUGUCACGCGAGUAAUGGAAGGAAUGAAUAUGUUAAAGAAAUGAAGAAGUUUCUCCCUGUAGAUGUCUUCGGGAGGUGCGGGACUCCAAUAGUCGCUUCCUUUGGGAAUACGUCAAUGGAAGCUUAUAAAAUAUUAUCGAUAAAACAUAAAUUCUACCUUUCGUUUGAAAAUAAUCACUGCACGGAUUAUAUUACAGAGAAGUUAUAUAACACGUACUCCAGGUUUGUACCACUUGUGCCGGUAGUACGGGGUGGGGCUUCCUACAGUGAAAUAUUACCACCUGGGACCUUCAUCAAUACCGCCGAUUUUAAAUCUCCUAAGGAUUUAGCUAAUCAUUUGAAGUACUUAAAUGAGAAUGACGAUGCGUAUUUAAAGAUUCUUCAAGAAAAAAUGAAAUAUCACGUGAACAAUAUGGUGGAGGUGUACCGCCAGUCCCUGUGUAAAAUAUGUGAGAGAAUUCAGGAUCAAACGGAGGCUGUACGGACAAACAGGACGGAUGUGUCGUCAUGGAUACAUGACAAUACUUGUGUUACAGUUAAGAACAUCAGGUGAUGUUUUUUUUAUGAAAAAUAUAUCGUGAAAUCCUUCAGAACAUUGUGACGUCGCUGUAUCGUGAAAUAUUGAUAACAUCACAGCAAUAAAAUAAUUAAAAUUAUAUUUUAAGAUA